AUGGAGAAUCUUCCCGUAGACUACUUUGUCACCUCUCAAGCUUUCACCAAGCAGACAUACCGAGAUGUCUAUCCAGCUAUUGAUCCAUCAUCUCCUCUCAACAAACAGGAUGGCAAAGUCAUUGUUAUCACCGGAGCCAGCAAAGGUCUUGGGAGACUUGGCAUCGUCCUAGUAGCAAGGACAGCGGAAUCUCUUCAAUCAGUCGCCAAAGAGAUCAAUGCUAUCAACCCGAACAUCGAGGUCCUCCCCGUACCCACGGAUCUCACCAACCCCGACUCCAUCGCAGCAAUGUGGGAGAAAGUAAAGACCAAGUUCGACCACGCCGACGUGCUAGUCAAUAACGCGGGUACCCUUACCGAUGCUACCUCGGUCAAGGAUGCGGACUCAGGAAAGUGGUGGUACGACUUCGAAGUCAAUGGCCGCGGCACAUUUCUCAUAACCCAGGGCUUCUUGAAGCUUCUCGGAGACAAAAAGGGCACGGUCAUCAACCUCACCACGGGCGCUGCCCACACCGUCUUCCCGAAUCUCUCCGCCUACUCCAUAUCGAAGCUCACCUCGCUCCAACUAAUCGCCUAUAUCUCGGCUGAGAACCCGAACGUGAAUGCAGUCUCGGUUCAUCCCGGAAUUUUGCCUACUGAUAUGACGAUUGAGCCAUUCAAGAGGUUUGCGCUUGAUACGCCAGAAUUGGUUGGUGGUGUGGUUGUUUGGUUGGCGAGUGAGGAGGCGGAGUUCUUGAGAGGUAGAUAUAUUAGUGCUAAUUGGAGUGUGGAGGAGUUGGUGACCAGGAAGGAGGAGAUUUUGAAGGAGAAUAAGUUGACGAUGGCUUUGGUAGGGAAGUUUGGCAUGGAUCAGUUUGCUUGA